GCUUGUUCAAUUUUUCAACCUAGGAAAGUUCAGCUCCAUUUUAUUCAAUGUGGUCGUUCAUACUUGCAUAAUUUCUCGAAAUUGACCUGUUCGCAGGAUCAACCGGAGACAAAGGUACUAUGAAACAAUAAUGAAACUAGUCAUUUGGACAGCUAUCCUUACUGAUUAUGCAGAGGUGAUACUUUCCAUAUGUACACUGGAACCCAAAUGAGCCCUCUGUUCCAUGGCAGAAAGGACAAUGCUAGGCCGACCUUGGAGAGUCUACGGUUGUUGUCACUGAUGCUGAGAUCAACCUCUGCUGAAGCGGCAAACACCAGCUUCUCCGACAGCUCCAGCUUUUAACCUUGAAAAAGAUAGGGAAUUAUUAGAGGGACAGGGUGUGGAUAGUAUAACAACACCCUUAGUGUUGUUAUACUAACAACAUUAUUCAUUAAGGGUAUAAGGGUAAAUUUAUCUAAAAUCUAAUAAAAUAAUAAUUAAAUUAUAUUUAGCCUACCCACCCGUCCCCUUCACACUCUCGUUGGAUCCCUGCCAGCUUUCCCUAAAAAAUCGAAACCCUCAUCGGUGUUUCAACUCCGUCGUCACUCAAAUCGCGGCCUCCGAGGCCGGAGAUGAAGAAUCCUCAUCCAUGGCGAAUCAACCAUCGCAGGCGUCGCAAUAAGAAUGUUUUUGUCUCCACCACCAAUCUCGCUGAUGGAAUGUCGUCUUCUUCCUCGUGAGUUUCAGCGAAACUCACCUUCUCCACACUGCCGCUGCGCCUCUCCCAAGCCAUUUCUCCCCCCAUCGAUGGCGUCCUCAGUUGUAGAUCUCGUCACGGCGGCGCCUCGCAAACCCGAUCUCCAGCAACGGCCUUCCCGCCGGGAAAUGAAAAGUGAUGAUGGAUCUCUGAAAUCUGGUGACGAAGUUUCCAUCAUGGAGGUCAGAGAAUGCGGGCUUACCUUACAUUUAUUAUCUGUUCUCAUGGCUGGAGUUGGGUUUGAUUGGCAAGUUGCAAAGAUCACUGGUGAAGAAUGGAAAAACCUGACGGAGAAGAAGAAAGCUCCUUAUGAAGAGAUGGCAAAGAAGAACAAGGAGAAAUACUUGAUUAAGAUGGAGGCUUACAAGCUGAAAAAGGAUGAAGAAGGACUCGUUCACGGUGAUAACUUUGGUGGAAAAAGAAUGAGGAAGCUUACACAAAGACGAGCAGUUGAUUACACAAGUACCGCUGUCCGGUAUUAGCGGUAUAUGCAGGUAAUGCAUUCUGCUUUUGUUUCUACAUUGCUGUGCUUUAACCAUAUCUAGAGUCCUGUGAUGUCAAGUUUUGAGUGAAUGUUAAGGGCUUCAGUAAAAGGCAUUGUCUAGUCACUUGGCAUCUGUUGACCGUUUUAUUGAUUGCGAUGAAUUGAUGGAGGCUUUCCUUGAUACUUCAAAGAAAAAGGAGAAGACAUAGAACAUAAUCAAGGUAUUUCUGCUCUCUAACAUCUAUAUGUCCUUGAUUGAGCUUAUAAUUGUAGCUAAAGAAGCCUGCAUCCUCUUUCUGGAUUGUAAUGUGUAAAUGAUAUCUAAAUGGUGACAUAGUGCAAGUAUUUUGACUUCAGACUAACAUUCUCUCCAAAUAUGGGAAAACACAUGCAUCUACUUAAGCAUUCCCAGAUAAGCACCAUAGAUUCCAAGUUCUGAUAGAACAGGAUCUUUAUGACAAUUUCCAUCCCACACCAAAAACAUGACAAGACUCGGUAGUAAAGAUAUGUUUCAUAAGGAUGUAGGCAUCAUUCUGUUUUUGUUUCCAAUCUUUCGGAAGUCUAAGAAAAGUUGGCCUCGCAGCAUCACCAUACAUAUUGUUCAUUGGCAAAACAAUGUAAAACAAAUAUGUUAACAAAGCAUAGAAUUAAAGAAAUCCCGAACCUUUAGGGGCCAUCUAGGCGCUACUUCACAACUGUGCUAAGAUAUGGUUCGUUUGUUGAAAGAUUACAAUGUUAAGUUCAUUGAUGAAAGCUGACCAAAAACCUCAUAAUGCAUACCACAAAUUCCCUAAAAUAAACCACAAACCUAACAAAGCAAACCACAACAUUUGAGAAAGCACACCAGAAACCUCCUAAUGCAAACCACAAACCGUAAAGCAAACCACAAAAAAGGAAAUCAGAAAACUCGCAAAGCAAACCACAAAUAUAUUAAAACAAACCAGAAACCCCACAAAGCAAACCACAAAAGUUUCGAAAACACACCAAAAACUUCUUAAUGCAAACUAGAAACCUUCUAAUGCAUACCACAAAUCUCCUAAAACAAACCACAAACCUCACAAAGCAAACCACAACAUUUGCGAAAACACACCAGAAAUCUCCUAAUGCAAACCACAAACACAGUAAAUCAAACCACAAAAAAGCAAACCAUAAACGCCCCAAUGCAGACCACAAACAUAUUAAAACAAACCAGAAACCUCACAAAGCAUACCCCAGAAUUUUCAAAAACACACCAAAAACCUCAUAAUGCAAACCACAAACACGUUAAAGCAAACCACAAAAACAAACCAGAAACCUCCUAAUGCAUACCACAAAUCUCCUAAAACAAACCACAAACCCCUCAAUGCAAAACACAAAUUUUUUGAAAACAAACCAGAAACUUCUCAAUGCAAACCACAAACACGAUAAAGCAAACCAAAAACUUUUCAAUGCAAACCACAAACGCGAUAAAGCAAACCACAAAAGGCAUACAAAAAUGUGAGAAACCAAACUAUAAAUCUCAUAAUGAAGACCAUAACAUCCGGUGGUCGUUGACCGUUGACCAAACUCCGAUGACCGUCAGUGAGCCAAUUCCGACGCCGAUUGGCAUAUUCCGGCCCCGAUGACUAGAUUCUGACGCCGGUAAGCAUAUUCCGACCACGGUGAGCAUAUUCCGAUGACAAAAUAGCAUAUUCCGGCGACAAAAAACAUAUUCCGGUGACCGGCGACCAAAAUUUUGGGCAGAAAAUUAAAAAUAUUUUUUAUUAUUUUUUAUUUUUUUAUAAUGAAAAUUAUACCCUUGCUUUGAUUUUACACUAGGUCAACUCAACUAAUAAAAAGUCAUCACAACCCUAGCUUCCUAUUGGUUGGAGACAAGUGUUGUUACAAUAACAACAAAAUGAGUGUUGUUAUAGUAUCUAGUCCCACAGGGACAAUAGUUAUGAAGAAAGGGAUUUUUUUUAUGGUUUAUGGGGUUGAAUAAGCAAAGGUUUUCGUGGAUAAAGUGUAGUGAAUUCGCUCAUUCAAUCACUCAAUCCCUAGGAGAUUAUCGAUGAAACCUUCAAAACCUCGAUUAUAGGGAGUUACUUGCUGUGUUUACUGCUUUUUGCGGAACGGUGUAGCACUCAUAACCUAGAAAUUACAGGAAAAGUUUCGGGGUAGAUAUUUAAUUGUGUUUUGUUCCGAAAAUGAUAUUGCAAGAAGCAAAAAAAGAUACUGCAAGAAGCAGAACAGGUCUUGCAAGAAACCAAGAUUCAAAUUGAAAAAGCAAAGAAAAAAUAUCUCACAUUAGAAGAGAUGCUGGGUGUGAUGUCAAAGGCGGUAAAAGCUUAUGCGUCGCUGCAAUCAAUACCUAGUAUUUUUAUUACCUCCUCUGAUCCAGAUAUUGCUACGCUGUAUAAUAAGAUCAUAUUUUAUCUUGUUCAUGCACAUAACGAGAUAGUCGAUAUCACAGCCAUCGAGAUAUUUUAUUAAAAUAAGGAUCUUGUUGAUAGAACGAGUAAAUUGGAGGAUAAACUCCGCUCAAGCUUGGAUGCUACCGAAAAGGUAAUCUCUCUUUACCCAUCCCCAGAUUUGGUUAAGAUCAAGGGCAACAUUGCCAGUAAACUAGCAGAAGUGAAACAAGUAAGCGUUGAUCAGGUAGAGAGAACUAUAGAACUCGCCAGCCAAAGAAGAGCUCAAAGAUGUGCCGAACUUUAACAAUAAAGCCCGAGAAUGUCGCAAAAACAAACUUUUUGAUGAUUCAUAUAAGUGGAAAAUGCGUAUUUUUGAGAGCUCGUGCAGGUAUAGGUGUCAAAACAUAGCCCGACCCGAUUAACCCGCCCGAUCAACCCGACCCGCAACCCUACCGCAACCCGAAUUGACUAAAAGUCAACAACCCGUAACCAGCCCGACCCGCAACCUAAUUGACCCGCAACCAAACUAACCCGCAACCCGAAUGACCCGCAACCCGAUUAACCCGAACCCGACUGACCCGCAACCCGAUUAACCCGAACCCGACUAACCCGAACCCGACUAACCCGUAACCCGACCGACUCAACCCGAAUUUCAUCUAACCCACUUGAUAAUUAUAAAAAUAUACAAUACAUAGUUUUUCAAAAUAAAGUUUUUCAUUCUAAACUUAAGUAAAAUUAUUUUUUCAUUUCGUAUAGGAAAUUUAAAAAAUAUGAAACUCACUUGAUAUUACGUAUUUUAAGAAAAUUACCAAAAUUGAAACAUGAAGGUCACUUGAGAUCAUGACAAUAUUAAUAUAAUAUAUAAAUUAAAAUUUUGGUUAAUU